AGCAGCUAGCUAUCCAAGAUGUUUAAGCCAGAGGAGGAAUGCCAGGCGCACGCCGUCAAGACUUUCACCGAGUUCAACCACUUCUUUAUGCACUGUUCUCGUCGUUUUGCUCAGGUAACCGGAGAGAAAAUGGGGACAGUACAGAGAACCGACUACGACCGUGAAUUCCAGGACUUGUGCAACAGGGUCGAUAAACACGCCUUUUGGGCCAGCAUGUUGACCUCCAAAGUCGAGCUGGUUCUCCAACCCAAUCCUGCCUACCGAUUCGAGGAUUUCGUCACCGAAAAGAUCGGAAACGAUCGUGAAAUCCGUCACACCUAUACCGAACAGCUGGGAAUCUGCAUGCUGAACGCUGGAAGUGACAUGAGCGCCUCCGACUACGGACAAGCCCUCCUGAUCAUGGGAGACUACGAGAACAGGAUCGGAGAAAGCGAACACAAGAUGAUCAAGGAAGCUUUCUAUAAGUUCGUCAAACCCUUCAUGGAUUCCGCCAGCAAAGAGGGUGCCAUCAAUACCGAACGAAGAACUUUAACCGCACUCAGACUGGAUCUUGAUGCCGCCAAGAACCGUGUCAGAGCCGCCAAGACCGCCGACGAGAUGAAAGAACUUGAACAGUUCGUGGAUGAAGCCCAGAAGAAGUUCGAUGAGCAGUACGAACUGACUAGGGAAAUCCUCGAGGAGAGGGACCAAAAGAACGCAGAGAUGGUGUGUCAUGUCGAGGACUUGACUACCGUCCAAGUUGAAUACUUUAAGCAGGCCUAUGAUCUUGCUGUUGAGAUGCAGCAGAAAGUCAUGAACCGACCAACCAAGGGAAAAGAUGCCCGACAAAGGAAGGUUUCAUCAAGUGAUGAGGAAUAAAUUAAUUACCAGAAGAAAUUAAUAAUAUAAUUAAUGUAAGAUCAAAGCAGAGACAAUGAUUCAUGUUUGGGGUAGAUUUACUUGUAGUAGUUGGGGUACUUGUAAUUGAUAUGUUAUUUAUCAAUCAUUAUAGUAAAUACGAUUGUAAAUAGCUUACCAG